UAGACUCUUUUAUCUCAAUAGAUUUCGCCUGCGAAUUGUGUAUAUAAAGAAGGAUCCCCACCUGGGUCUCCAUUCUCAGCUGGUGAUUCUUCAAUUUCCUUCUCUCUUUUUUUUCUUUUUUCAGAAACAUGGGCUAUAUGUAAAAGGUUUGUGAAGGUAAAUUUGAGUGGUGAAACCAUGGAGAAAUGCGUAGAGUGUUCUUCAAAGCAAGGGAAAGGGAAGAGAUUAUGGAAGAAGAUGAAGUUUCAGCUGGUGGAAUACCACUCAUUGCCGGCAUAUUUGAGGGACAAUGAGUAUAUUAUUGGCCAUUAUAGAUCAGAAUGGCCAAUGAAGCAGCUUUUACUCAGUGCCUUCUCGAUCCACAACGAGACUUUGAACGUUUGGACGCAUUUGAUUGGGUUCUUCAUCUUCCUUUCCCUUACCAUAUACACUGCAAUGAAGAUUCCGAAGGUUGUUGAUAUUCAUGAUAUAUUGAGAAGGGCUGAUUUGCAAAAAUUGCAUUCCCAACUCAUAACAUGCCUGCCUUCGUUACCGAAUAUCUCUAAUUUACACAAUCUCAGUGACGAGCUGAAGACUACUCUCCCGUCACUCUCCAAUGUCGGUCAACUUCUUUAUAAUUGUUUGCCUGACCGUUUCUCCACUACGAAUCAAUCCAGUAGAAGUAUGAAGGAGGAUGUGGGAAGCAUAAUAGCGCCGUUGAUGGUGAGACCGAUAACUCGAUGGCCGUUUUUUGCCUUUUUGUGUGGUGCGAUGUUUUGUCUAUUAGCUAGCAGCGCGUGUCACCUCUUGUCGUGCCACUCCGAGCGCAUAUCAUAUAUCGUUCGCAGGCUAGACUAUGCCGGCAUUGCUGCGCUUAUUUCGACUUCCUUCUACCCACCCGUGUAUUACUCCUUCAUAUGUGAACCAUUCUUUUUAAACCUAUACUUGGGAUUCAUAACCAUCCUCGGAGUUGCGACGAUCAUGUUUUCCUUCUCACCAGGGUUCCAUCGACCUGAAUUCCGAACCCUUCGUGCAUCCCUCUUCUUCGGGAUGGGGAUGUCGGGUGUAGCACCGAUAUUUCACAAGCUUACCUUGUUCUGGCACCAACCCGAAGCACUUCAUACCACCUGGUACGAGGUUGUGAUGGGGAUAUUGUAUAGUGCUGGAGCUUUGGUGUAUGCAACAAGGAUACCGGAGCGGUGGAUGCCGGGGAAAUUCGACAUUGCGGGGCAAAGUCAUCAGCUAUUCCACGUCUUGGUUGUCGCUGGGGCAUACACUCAUUAUUGUGCGGGUCUGAUAUACCUCAAAUGGAGGGAUGUACACGGAUGUUAA